AUUUAAAAAACGAAUAGUAGAUAGGCCUACAUUGUUAACUAUAGGAUAUUAUUUGCGACUAGUUAAAUAUGGAUUUUAACAGCAGCGGCGGGGGUAACGACCUACAUAAUAAACAAUUCUAUCAAUCUGAGGAGAGCAAGCCUUUGCUGGGGGAGAUGUCUGCGCCGACGCCGCCGGAGGGGAAUAAUAAUAAGUUAGGCGCCGGGCCGUGCAAGAGAACCCUUCUCCAUUGCAGCAGCGGGAUGCGAUAUAAACUACUACAGGAGGGGGACAUCCAGGUGUGUGUGGUGAAACACCCUCGGACCUUCCUCAGCAAAAUUCUAACCUCAAAAUUCUUACGGAGAUGGGAACCGCACCACCUCACCUUGACAGACUGCAGCCUGGCGUCUGCGACGCCCACAGGAUACAUGGAGGCUGCCCUGUCCUACAGCACCAUAGAGGACCUGCAGCUGCUCUCCUGGGAUAACGCCCCCAAAUAUUGUGUGCAGCUCAGCUUCCCCGGGGGCACCGUCCUCCUGCAGGCGGCCAACAGCUAUCUGCGGGACCAGUGGUUUCAUUCUCUACAGUGGAAGAAAAAGAUCUAUAAGUACCGUAAGGUUCUGAACAACCCUAGUCGCUGGGAGGUGGUUCUGAAGGAGAUCAGAUCGCUGGUGGACAUGGCCCUGACCUCUCCCCUGCAGGACGAGUCCAUUCACCAGGCCCCGCUGCAAAUCAUCUCCACCCUGCUGGCCGAGAACACCAACCUCAGCUCUCAGGACCAUGAGAACAUCAUUGUGGCCAUCGCUCCUCUCCUGGAAAAGAACCACCCUCCACCAGACCUGUGUGAGUUCUUCUGCAAGCACUGUCGGGAACGUCCGCGGUCGAUGGUUGUGAUUGAAGUGUUCACCCCUGUGGUCCAGAGAAUCCUCAAACACAACAUGGACUUUGGGAAAUGCCCCAGACUGCGUCUCUUCACUCAGGAGUACAUCUUGGCUCUGAAUGAGCUCAACGCUGGGAUGGAGGUCGUCAAGAAAUUCAUUCACAGCAUGCAUGGCCCCACCGGGCAGUGCCCUCACCCCCGCGUCCUGCCCAACCUGGUGGCAGUGUGCCUAGCUGCCAUCUACUCCUGCUACGAGGAGUUAAUCAACAGCCGGGACAACUCCCCAAGUCUGAAGGAGAUUAGGAACGGCUGCCAGCAACAGAAUGAGCGUAAACCCCCCCUGCCCCUCCGCCUGCUCCGCCCAGAGCCCCCCACACCUCCGUCAACGGCCCUGCUGCCCCUCUCCCCUCCCCCCUCAGCUCCCCUCUCCCCUCCCCCCACGCUGCCCCUCUCUCCCCCGCCCUCCAUCGUCAACUCCAGUGAGAUCCUGGUGGAGUUGGAACGCAACAACAACACUGCCAACGCCAGGAGGAAGGGCCCAGCGGGAAGCGACAGUGAGCCCAACCUGAUCGACUGUCUGCUGGUCAGCCCCGCCCUCAACGCCCUGUCAAUCCAGCUGCCUGCCCAGGCUGACCGCGUGCUGGGCUGCUUCGCACUCAUCCUCCAAAUGCUGUCUGACUACGAUGACUGGAGACCAGCCCUGGCUAGCCUGCUGCAGCCCAUCCCCUUCCCCAAAGAGGCCCUUGCACAUGCCAAAUUCACAAAAGAGCUGAAAUAUGUUAUUCAGAGGUUUGCAGAAGACCCCAGACAGGAGGUCCACUCCUGUCUGCUCAGUGUGCGCUCGGGAAAGGAUGGUUGGUUCCAGCUCUACAGUCCAGGGGGUGUGGCCUGUGAUGAUGAUGGGGAGCUCUUUGCCAGCAUGGUCCACAUCCUUAUGGGUUCCUGCUACAAAACUAAGAAGUUCCUUCUGUCCCUGGCUGAAAACAAGCUCGGACCCUGCAUGCUCCUGGCUCUGCGUGGGAACCAGACCAUGGUUGAGAUCCUGUGCCUGAUGCUGGAGUACAACAUCAUCGAGAACAAGGACACCCAGCUGCAGAUCAUCUCCACCCUGGAAAGCACUCCGGUGGGCCUUCACAUGUACGAGCAGCUGUGUGACAGGCAGAGGGAGCUCAAAGAGCUGCAAAGAAAAGGAGGCCCCACCCGACUCACUCUGCCCUCCAAGUCUACGGAUGCAGACCUUGCCAGGCUGCUGAGCUCUGGCUCCUUUGGGAACCUGGAGAACCUGAGUCUUGCCUUCACCAACGUCACCAGUGCCUGUGCUGAACAGCUCAUCAAGCUGCCCUCUCUCAAACAGCUCAACCUGUGGUCCACCCAGUUUGGAGAUGCAGGACUGCGGUUGCUGUCUGAACAUUUGGCGUGUUUGCAGGUGUUGAAUCUGUGUGAGACACCCGUGACCGAUGCUGGCCUGCUGUCCCUCAGCUCCAUGAAGAGCCUGUGUAGUUUGAACAUGAACAGCACCAAGCUCACAGCAGACACAUACGAUGACUUAAAGGCCAAACUCCCCAAUCUGAAGGAGGUGGACGUCCGCUACACCGAGGCCUGGUGAACACAUCGUGUAUGACAUCACUAGAACACCAACUCCCACAUCAUCCAAACAUGAGGAUUACCUGAUAUCAUCAGAACACAUAGCCUCUCUUACAUCAACAAUAAGAGGAUCCUCUCCCAUCUCUAGAUGAGGACCCUUUUAUCUGGAGAUGACAUCAAAACGUCACGACCUCUCUAGUAACAAGUCAAUGGAGAAUUACUAUAUUUCUAGUGACAUCAUCAAAAUACAAGGACCUGUUCUUUCUUGUGAGAUCAACAUAUAAGGACCUCCUUUUUAGCGUCAUCAUCAAAAUGCAAGGACCCACUUUCUUGUGACAUAAGGGACCCUCUCUCGCUCUCUUUCUCUCUCAUGUGUGGUUGCUCACUCAGUCCCUGUCCACAUCCUAUUUGCCCUCAAUAGGCUCGUCAUAGAUUUCCUCUGUAUUGUGUCAUAUGUACACAGAACAAAGGAAACAAAUUGUGGAUCUCCCCCUUUCUCCCCUCUCCCGCUCUCUCUGAGGACCUUUGCGUUAAAAUUACCUCUCUUCUCUCCAUUUACUGGGAGCUAUUCUACCCUUGUCUGAUGAAGGCUGGAAAACCAGGUCACAUUCCAGUACACUUUUUUGAUAUUGCCUCUAGUCAAUCCAAAUGUAGCUUUAAAAGACUAUUCAAUUGUCAUUUUGGUCUUGUUGUUUUGUUUGGGUACUUUCAGGUUCAGAGUCGAGCCUUUCCAGUCCUUCAUUGGGAAUGAGGUGCUACCUCAAACAAAAAAAAAGUUGCAAGACUGUGCCUAAUUCCUUGUAUGACACGUUCACUCUCAAUCAAUUUUUAUCAACUUGAAUGAACAUAUUUUUCCAGACAUGUUUAUAUAUAUAUUGUGUGUGUGUGUGUAUGUAUGUAUGUGUAUGUGUGUGUGUGUGUAUAUAUAU